AGCAGGUGCAGCAGCAGGUGGAUCAGGAGGAACAUGAAGAACAUGGACGUGUCUUCUCUGAGGGAACAGUACAGGAACAGCAGAGACUGUCAGAGGAAACACACUCAGGUGUUGCUCUUCAACACAGUGUCAGAGGAGCUCUCAGACGCUGUCAGUAUCAUCCCUGUCACUCAGGGUUUGACGUCGUCGCCUCCAGAUAUCACCUUCAUCGCUCCUCUUGACCCCACGACCUUUGACCCCUGGCACAUCCACCUGGAUCACCACCGCCGCUCCUGCUCUGGCGUCACCGCACCUUUACCCACGACCUGUUCCCCACACACCAGCGUCAGCUGCUCGUCCAGGCGCUCUUCUUCUUCAUCAUCAUCAUCACCGUCAUCAUCACCGUCAUCAUCAUCUUCUUCCUAUGACUUGUCAGAUUCUCCCUGCAGCACCAGAGAAGAUGAACACAGACCCAGUACAGAGCCAGUCUGUGCUUCUGACGUGGAUCCAGUCUCGGCUUCUCUCGACCCCUGUCAACAGAAUUCAUGUGUCUGGUCCACAGCAGGCCACGCCCCCGACGCUCUGACCUGUGCUGAUGUCACACCUGUAGCCUUUAGCUCCCCCUGCAGUUCCACCUCUGCCCUGCACGCUGACCUGAAGAGCCAGGCCACAGUUUUAAAGACCAGAACCAGAACCAGCAGGAGCUCCAGGCAGAUGAAGAUCAUCAGGCAGCAGAGUGUGGGCACUGAGGGCUCGUCCUCCUGGGUCCACCUGAACCAGAGCAAGAACCAGAGCCAGAACCAGAGCUACUACCCGUUCCCCAGCAGGAAAACACAGAGAAUCUCAGAGACGGCGAGGAAACUGGGCAUGUACUCGUCCUUCUGA